UUUGUAGGUUAUCUUGUUGUUGUUAAAGUAAUUUGGACUAUUUACUGAAUAAUAUGGGUGAUACUGGAAGGAUUUUGGUGCUAUACGGAAGCCAAACAUUCACCGCUCAGGAAGUAGCUGAAAGAAUAUGGCGGAGUACAAAAGUUUUAGGUUUUCGAGGUCCUGUAAAGGCAAUGGAUGAUUAUCCUAUUUCCAAGUUGAUUCAUGAGGAGUUUGCGAUAUUUGUGUGUGCUACGGCUGGUCAGGGGGAUCAGCCGGAUAAUAUGAAGAAGUUCUGGAAGUUUCUGCUCAGAAGAAACUUGCCUUCAAACUCUUUGGUGAAGUUAAAGUUUGGGGUUCUAGGGUUAGGGGAUUCUUCGUAUGCGAAGUUCAAUUUUGUUGGGAAACGGCUGCACAAGCGUCUCUUGCAGCUUGGAGCUACGCCGCUACUAGAUAUUGGCCUCUGUGAUUACCAACAUGACUUGGGCCACGAUGGGGUAAUUAUACCAUGGAUAAAGAACUACUUCUCUCAUCUUCAAACAUACUUUCCAAACAUCAAAACAGUCAGUUUAACCACAAACUUUAUACCACGAUGGAAAGUCUCACUAUUGAAAAAUGCUCAAAAUGAGUCCAUAGAGGAUAUAAGUAAUGAUAUUUACUUCUCCAAAGGCUGUAAAGAUGAGUUCCUUGACAGCAGACUGUUAGAAAUAGAAAAAAAUGAGAGGACCACUCAUACAUCUCAUUUCCAGGAUGUAAGGUUAAUAACCCUAAAAAUAACUGAUAGCACAAAACUAGAGUACAAGCCAGGAGAUGUAUUCAACAUCAGACCAAGAAAUAGCAAGGAAGACAUAGAUGACCUCUUUGGGAUAUUUGAAACUCACAAUAUUGAUAUAAAGCCUCACUAUAGAUUAAUGGUAGAAGAAUUUCAUGACGACAUGUCGGUACCAGAAUUUCUACAAACUCCACUGACCAUGUACGAAAUAGCUGAACAGUAUUGGGACCUCAAAGCGUACCCCACGCAAUACGUCUUCUCUCUUCUGGCGUUGAUCUCUGAAGAUAAGUUGGAAAGAGAAAAAUGCUUAGAACUUAGCUCCCCUGAAGGUCAGGAGGAUUGGUUGAAUUAUUGCAGAAGACCGAGGCGGACGAUACUCGAGGUACUCCACGACUUCCACAAAUCGGCAUCCAAAUUGACAAUCGAAUAUCUAUUCGAGCUCUUCUCCACAAUAAAACCCCGUUCGUUCUCAAUCGCCAGCAGUUGCUUGCCCAGUGCAAGCCAAAAGCUAGACUUGUUGAUGGCAGUAGUGAAUUAUCAUACUAAACUGAAGAAAGCGCGAUUGGGUUUAUGUUCCAACUGGCUAGCAAGUCUGAAGGCUGGGGAUAGAGUGUACGGCUGGAUCAAAGAUGGGAGCCUGAAGUUUCCUGAACCGACAACCCCACACAUUUUAAUAGGUCCAGGAACAGGACUAGCUCCAUUCAGAAGUCUAAUUCAAGAGUACGAAUUCAACGGAACCCUGGACAAAGAAAACAUUCACCUCUUCUUUGGAUGUCGGUAUAAAGAGAAAGAUUUCCACUGCAGAGAAGAAUGGGAGAGACUUGUGGAUGAAGGGAAGCUGACGUUGUAUGGCGCAUUUUCGAGAGACCAAGAUAAUAAAAUAUACGUGCAACACAAAAUAGCAGAACAUGGCGAUAAGCUCUGGCCCCUCAUCAGUGAAAGAAACGCACACAUCUACAUAUCUGGCAACGCUAAGAACAUGCCGGACAAUGUUAAAGACGCUUUUGUGGAUAUAUUCAAACAAAACGGGAAUUUACCUGAAGAUAAGGCCAAGGAAAUACUUGGAGAUAUUGAAAAGAAUGGACGGUUGCAAGUGGAAGCUUGGUGAUUAAAAAAAAAGCCUUCUAGCAGGAUUGUUAGCAAAAUCAUUUACAUACUUCGAUAUUAUCGACAGUAUUUUUUAUUAUUGUAAUUCAAUAUUACAACCCGAUCGAGUUAACUGCGUACCUCCCUGUUAUGUUUUUUUUUAUCCACAACGAGGAAGCUCUUGGCCUGUAUCUCACCUGAUGGUAAGUGAUGAUCAGGCCGAAGGUGGAAGCGAGCUUCACCCGGAAUCCUCAACCACAGAGGAACUGGCUAACUUACCUCUAACUGCCGGAAUGCAACAAUGCUGUUAACAUUGUUGUUAUGGCGACAGACUUAGGUAAGAUGGUGGUAGCUAGCCAGGCGGACUUAGAACAAGCCCUACCACCAACCAAACCGAACAGAAAAAUCUGCCCCCACUGGGAAUCGAACCCGCGACUUCUGCGUCUGAAGCAGGUGGUCUUACCACUAGACCACAAGCGGUUAUGUGACUCCCUUGCACACCUCUCCGCGUUCGCCCCGUCUGUACCAGAGCGUCGAUGUGACGUCACGGCUGCCAGGUUGACUCGGGUUGUAAUUAUGGUUUGUAAUUUAAUUAACUACCUCAUCCUUCAAAUUGAGAACAGUUUACUUAUACUUGUAACACUUAUUUUAUCAUUUUUGUCAGUUCCAGAAACCGUACCUUCUGUAUUUUAUUGCUAUUAAGUUUUAUAAUUACGUUUGUAUAUUAUGCAUUAUAUUCCA